AAAAAAUAAAAGAUCAUGUUUUAAAAAAUAAUAGAGAAAACAUAGAUUCAAUAAAAAAUGAAAAAGUUUAUGAGGAUUAUUUUGAAAUCGUUAAAAAUGCUUGGAAUCAAAAUCCAAAAGACCGUGAUCAGUUUACAACUGUUUUCAAUAAACUAGAACAGUUGGCUUUUAGUUAUUAUAAUAAUGGAAUUUCUUUGAAUUUAACUUCUAAAUUCGCCCAUCAUUUUACUACUAAACCUACUGAUGAGUUAGAACUUAGAAGCGAGAGCAAAAUUGUGGAUUGAAGAUAUGAUUGAAAAGAAAGUCAUUAAAUCAAUAAAUUGGUCUGAAUUUAAAUCAGAUUCUGUUAAAGCAAUUGGAAAAGGGAAUUUUGGUUCAAUAAUUAAAACAUAUUGGACGAAUGGUCAUAAUUAUGUAGUAUGCAAAAAAUUAAUUAACUCAUCAGAUAUUCAAUAUAAAGAGUGGGAAGCAUUUAAACAUGAAUUACAUAUGCAAAGUAGAGCACAUAGUUGCGAAAAUAUUAUACGAAUUUUAGGAAUUAGUAAGAGUGAUAAAGAUAAAUACCAUAUUGUUAUGGAAUAUGCUGAUGAAGGAGAUUUAAAACAUUAUCUUUCAAAUAAUUUUGAAAAACUUGAUUGGAAUGGAAAAUUUAGAUUAGCUUUAGAUAUCACAAAUGGAUUACAAUUUUUACAUAAAGAGAAAAUUUUACAUAGAGAUCUCCAUGCUAAAAAUAUAGUAAUACAUCAAGGAAAAGCAAAAAUAACAGAUUUUGGUUAUUCUAAAAGUAUGAAUACUGCAACAAUUAUACAUGAAAAGGUGUUUGGAAAUAUUCGAUAUGUUGCUCCUGAAGUUCUAAGAGCAAGUAAAGCGAAACAAUGUCCUUAUACAGAAUAUUCUGAUAUAUAUAGUUUAGGAGUCUUAUUAUGGGAGAUAUCAAGUGGUCAAAAUCCUUUUGAAGAACAUUCGGACUAUACAGUAAUUGUAGCAAUAUUGUCAGGAUCUAGAGAAGAAAGAAUAAAAAAUACUCCUAAUGAAUAUUAUGAAUUGUAUAGUAAAUGUUGGAGUGAUGAGCCUGAAAAGAGAUGUACUAUUGAUUAUGUUUAUUCCAGUUUAAAGAAGUUAUAUAAAAAAGAAACCGAUGAUAAAAAAGAAGUUGACGACAAAAAAGAAAUUGACAAAGGAGAUUCUCUUUAUUUAAGCAGUUGUGACUUAUGACUUAUCAAAAAAUUGAAUAAACGUCUACAGAAUGGAAUCAGAGUUUAUAUCUUAUUAAAUAAGCUUAAUUUUUCAUAAUUACCAUAUCUAAAGAAAAAGUUUAAUUUUCCAGACAUGUGGACACAUCGGAAAAUGUUAUUUUAUCUUCUUAAAAAUUAAUUGCCGAUCCGCAUGUAAUGGAAAAAUUACCGCAAAUUUGAAAUUUGCGUUUCCCCCAUAGAUAAGUCGAUCAAUUUUUAACCAAAUCACUUGAAAUUUUUAUUGAAAGGACUUUGAGAUUUGAUUUUUUUUAUCCAAAUGUUUAAU